UUCUGGUGCAAAUGAAUCUGUAAUGGAGGAGGUGUUCCUUAUUCCUUGGCGCCAAAUAGGGUUUCAUCUGUACAGUCACGAGGCACUUUAAGCACUCCGCAUGCCACGCUGCUUUUAACCAGGCUUCUAAAUUGUCUGGAAUUCCAAAUUCUUACGUAACUUCCUCUGAUUCCCACCUUUUCCAUUUUUCAAAUUCUUCAACCUUUCAAUUUGUCGAUAUCAAAUUCAAAAUUGCAAGUUCCCACGUAGUGAAAGUGAAUGACAAGGAGGAAUUUUACUGAAAUUGAGACUGAGGAACACCAUCUUACAACCUGUUCUUCCAUGUCAGAAUUAACUGUCUAUUCUGGAUAGAAUUGUUUUCGCGGGUUUUUGGUGGCGGACAGAUGUACAGUCACGGGUCGCUAAAUUUUAAGAAAAGAUCGCUGAUCUCAAGCAAUGGAAGAAAAUAAAUUGAAAGCAGGAAAAACAUAUAUGUCAUAUUCUGGAAAAUUUCUUUAUUUGGUACCUGAUGAUCCUCCGACGCGGAUGGGAUGCAUGACUGGAAUUCUCCAUCUGUUCGAUAGGCACCAUUUCCGGAAUUUGCAUGGCAACAGAAGGAUCACGGCAGGCCGUUUGCCUGGUUUAGAGCCCGUGGAAAAUGAUGACGAUCCGAGGAGUUCCAUUGAUUCCUCCAAGCUACCGAAGCGUAUGCUUGCUUUCAGAAGCGCUGAGGUUGUAAUGGAUGAGGAAUCGAGAAGAUCUGAAAGUGAAUUUCCCUACCGCUUAUCGCCAGGCCUGAGAAACAGAUCUCAUCGAAGAACACAGUCCACGGAGUCAUUACAAAUUCCUUGGCAAUCUGAGGAUGAUUCCAUGGGGAGUCCAAGAGCAUUCACUGCAAGGUCCAGGUUUUCCUGCGAUGGCAGAGAUAUUCCGAGGCCACCUCCGGCCGUUGAUCACAGGGAUGCAUACCGCAGCUCUUCGCUUAGGACUAUGGAAUUUCCCAGGCUCUCUGUAGGUGUCAUGGAUUCUCCUGCUAGGCGCCCAAGCAAUAUCGUUGCAAAACUUAUGGGAUUGGGCGAAAUGCCCGAUCCCCCUUUACAGGCCCGUAAAGCAACGGACCCUGCUCCAACAAAACCCUCGGCGCCGCCCAGCCCAAGGCCCCUCGCAGCCAAAAUACUGCUGGAUAUGAUCCACCAGCCUAUUUCUCUUUCUCAACCAAAGCAUAAAUCUGAAUCAGUGAACCACGCGCAAGAUCAAAAUAAUAACCCCUCUCGCUUGGAGUGUUCUGGAGAAGAUUCGAACUUGUGUUCGACUGCCAAAAUUCCAACGGCACAAGGCGCUCAAAAUUCGUUACUUGAUGCAGAGGUAAAAGAAGCUCUUGAUAAACCUAGGGAAGCUGUAAAGAGCAAUACUUGUUCUGAUCCAAAGCUUCCCGCCAUAAAAAUGAAGCCUGUCGAAAAGUUUGGAUCCUCGGCUCCUGUAACAAAUGAAUCUGGAGGUUUUUCUUCUAGAAGUUCUGGCAGAGCUCCACAGAAGACAAAGAAAUUCGGUGACGACGUGUCGUCUAAAAGAUCAAAACCGAUCGCAAAUAAAAUGCCGGAGGAAGUAUCGAAUGCCGCAUCAACACAUAAGCCUUCGCCUCGAAAUAGAUCCGAGAUCUCGCCUCCGCGUUCCCCGAAGGAUGAUCCUAAAGAGAGGAGAAAGAAAAAAGCCAUGGAAAUCAGGCCAGAGAAGACAAAUUUUAAAAGAGAUGAAUAUUCUCCAGCGGCUCGCCUCAAUUCGGACUCUAAAUUCAGCAUGCAGUCUCCAAAGGCAAAGCGAGGCUUGGAUUUUAGUCCGAAAUCCAGGCGGCAGCAAGUAAAUUCUAAAGGUACAAAUCAAGCUUGCAAGGCAGAGCAGAAAACCGACGCGAAACCCUGCGAGAAAGAGUUUGUUUCCCACUGGCAGCCAGAAGAGCCAAAUUUGAUGCAUUCUACUGAGACUAUUUUGCAGAAAUCCACCACGAAACCCUGCGAGAAAGAGCUUCUUUCCGAUUGGCAGUCAGAAGAGCCAAAUUUUAUGCAUUCUACUGAAAAUAUUUUGCAGAAACCCUGCGAGAAGGAGUUUAUUUCCAAUUUGCAGUCAGAAGAGCCAAAUUUAAUGCAUUCUACUGAGAAUAUUUUGCAGAAAACCACCGCGAAACCCUGUGAGAAAGAUUUGGUUUCCGACUGGCACUCAGAAGAGCCAGAUUUAAUGGAUUCUAGUGAGAGUAUUUUGCAAAAGCCAAAACCUAGGGAUUCUUUUCACUACACUCACAAAUCUUGGAGCAAUGACCUCAAAGUUCGAGAUUUUGUGACAGAGCUUUUCACGGCUUGUGGUCUGCUGAAAGAGGGCAAGGAAGAAAAAGAUAUAAGCAUGGAUUUGUAUUUUCCUGGCAAUUUCUCAAUGGACUCCGAAAUUUUCCAUGAAUUAGAAAAGAAAUACAUAAAUGUUGAGGAAGCAGAUGCUCAACGUUUAAAUCGGCGGCUGCUGUUCGACACAGUGAAUGAGGUGUUGCGAAGAAAAUCUGCUGUGCCGCCAUACUCACGACUUCCACAGAGAGGUAGAGGUUGUCGCAGUAGCAAGCUGAGCGGGCAUGAUAUUGUAAAUAGUGUUGUUAUGGAGAUUGAGAGCUUAACAAGUCUUAAAUGGCAAAAUAUUUUCAGUGGAGUGACUAAACUUCUGGACAAGGAUUUGGAGACAUCGUUCUCGAAUGAUGCAGAAGCCAUGGAAGUGAGCGAGGUGGCCUUGGUUGUUGAGCGAGGAAUAUUCAGAGAUUUAAUGGACGACCUACUUCGUGAUUUGUUAUUUUAGUUAAAUCCAGCAAGCCCACUGGAAAAUUUCUGUUAAGAUAUCCUCCUCUACACCCUGUAAAUUUGAUAUUAUUCUAAGCUGGAUUUUAUUGUUUUCGAUUUUUAAGAAUUAAUUGAUCUCCAGUGUCUUAUCUGAAAAAUAAAGGAAUAAAUAUUUUACUCAAA